CCUAGCGAGAGAAGUGAGGCGGAGCCGGGGAGGCCGGGAGAAGAGGACGCCGCGGCCGCGAGGGGGGAGGAAGACCCGGCCGAGAGGCGGAGCUGCGGGAUCCCGAGAAAGCCGCGGCGAAGUAACUGCACCCACUCUGCUACCAACUCUGCAGUUUCGGCCGCGGGCGGCCUGCCACUGCCAGAUAGCAGCACAGUUAAUUCCGCCGGCGCCUUGCAGCUUUACUCCCCCUCUCCGGCGACAGCCGCGUGCGUGCGUAGCGUAGAGAGAAGCAAGGGAAGGAGGAUGGUGCCGGGGGAUCAGGCGGAGGAGUCCAUCGUGGCCAUGGCGGACGGCGGGCACGGCAGCGGCAAGGAGGGCGCGCGCGUGAUGGACGGCGGCGAGGAGUCGGAGCGCGGGCACGGCGACGGCGGGUUCACCGUGAAGGACAUGCUCUGGCACGGCGGAUCCGUGUGGGACGCCUGGUUCAGCUGCGCCUCCAACCAGGUGGCGCAGGUGCUGCUGACGCUGCCCUACUCCUUCUCGCAGCUGGGGAUGGCCUCCGGGCUGGUGCUGCAGGUGUUCUACGGCCUCAUGGGCAGCUGGACCGCCUACCUCAUCAGCGUCCUCUACGUGGAGUACCGCGCCCGCAAGGAGAGGGAGGGCGUCAGCUUCAAGAACCACGUCAUCCAGUGGUUCGAGGUUCUGGACGGGCUGCUGGGCCCGUACUGGAAGGCGGCCGGGCUGGCCUUCAACUGCACCUUCCUGCUCUUCGGCUCCGUCAUCCAGCUCAUCGCCUGCGCAAGUAACAUCUACUACAUCAACGACCGGUUGGACAAGCGGACGUGGACCUACAUCUUCGGGGCCUGCUGCGCCACCACCGUCUUCAUCCCCUCCUUCCACAACUACCGACUCUGGUCCUUCCUCGGCCUCGGCAUGACCACCUACACCGCCUGGUACCUCACCAUCGCCGCCGCCGUGCACGGCCAGGUCCCCGGCGCCAAGCACUCGGGCCCCAAAAGCCUGAUGCUCUACUUCACGGGCGCCACCAAUAUCCUCUACACCUUCGGCGGCCACGCCGUCACCGUAGAGAUCAUGCACGCGAUGUGGAAGCCGCGCAAGUUCAAGUACAUCUACCUGGUGGCCACGCUGUACGUGUUCACGCUGACGCUGCCGUCGGCGUCGACCAUGUACUGGGCGUUCGGCGACGCGCUGCUCACGCACUCCAACGCCUUCUCGCUGCUCCCAAAGUCCGGGUGGCGCGACGCGGCGGUGAUCCUCAUGCUCAUCCACCAGUUCAUCACCUUCGGCUUCGCGUGCACCCCGCUCUACUUCGUGUGGGAGAAGGCCAUCGGCAUGCACCACACCGGCAGCGUCCUCAGGCGCGCGCUCGCGCGGCUCCCCCUCGUCCUCCCCAUCUGGUUCCUCGCCAUCAUCUUCCCCUUCUUCGGGCCCAUCAACUCCGCCGUCGGCGCGCUCCUUGUCAGCUUCACCGUCUACAUCAUCCCCGCCGUCGCCCACAUGCUCACCUACCGCUCCGCCCACGCCAGAUCGAAUGCGGCGGAGAAGCCGCCGGCGUUCCUGCCGAGCUGGAGCGGGAUGUUCGUGGUGAACGCGUUCGUGGUGGCGUGGGUGCUGGUGGUCGGGUUCGGGCUCGGCGGCUGGGCGAGCGUGUCCAACUUCGUCAAGCAGAUAGACACCUUCGGGCUCUUCGCCAAGUGCUACCAGUGUCCCCCGAGGGCACACCUCCCGGCAGCGGGGUCGCCCCUGUCAGCGCCGGCGCGCCACUAGCGCACGCCAUCAAGCUGACCGUGGCAAUGUGCCAGCCGGACAGAAGAAGCUCCGGUCGAUCCGUGCACUAGAGUACCUUUCAUUUGUUGCUAGUUACUGAUCGCCUUGCGAUAUAGCACUACAAACCUUCUAGAGUGUUACUGCAGCUAGCAUAGUAGAACAGCCCUGCGUGUUUGUCACUGGCUAUCUUAUAUAAGUUUGGGAAAAAAUGGUAUCCUUUUGGAA